GUUCAUGACCGAGUUCACAGAGGGAAACCGCAAACGUGAUUCCACCAUGUCAAAAUGGCCUAAACAAUGGUUGGCGGAGGGAGAAAUUCCGAACGAGCUCAAUUGCAAGCACGACAUGCAAUUUUACCAAGGCCCGUUAAGUGGCACUGUUGACUGGAAAUUUUUCCAAAAUUGGUGCACUCAAAGAAUAAUAAUUCUGGUAAACGUCAUGAAAAUAAAAUCGGUAAACGCGCACAGAACUCCUGCACAAUGCAGAGACGAAUUGAUCACAUUCUUGAAGCGUUACACCGAUGACUACGAUGAUUGGAUUAAUUUGUUCACCGCUAAUGGCUCCGACGCCGACACUAAGCUUCGUAUUUUAAUGCGAAAAAUGGACAAUCUUUCGCACACGGCACUGCGUAUCUUUUUCAUUGACGGAUGCGAGGCUUCGAGUUGGUUCGAGCAAAUGGAAUGCUUGCUCUUCCGCUGGAGGCUCGAGGCUCUCGACGACGACGGAGUUAUCAAGUUCAUGGAUCUCAACAACAUGCAAUGUCCCGUCCUCAGCAUCGAUGAAAAAAACCGCUUGAAGCAUGGGAUCGCGCCCCUGAUGGACGAUCCUUCGAAAUUCGACGUCACCACAUUCUACAAAGUGUCUGCAGUCGAAGUGCCAGAAUUGUUGAGAACGCGAUCGGUCCACUUGGAAAAGGGAAUAGCGUUCCUCAGCCGGUCGCAGUUACGCCCGUUCAUUCAUUAUCGCUUCACACGAAUACUCUCCAAGCAUCUCGAGGAUAACGAUUCAGCUUAUGAGCACGUGAGCAGAGAUGCGAGGUUCGUAACGCUGGGAAGGCGACUUCGGAAAUUCGUCAAAGAUUACCAAUAUAAGACCUUGAAUAACGUCAGUUUUAGCGUCGACAAUUUGGACGAGGUUUCCAAGACUGCUUUUCCGCCCUGCAUGAGAAGAAUUCACGAAGGCCUGAAGGAGAGAAGUCAUCUGCGCUACGGUGCGCGGCGCCAGUUCACAGUUUUUCUCAAAUCCAUUGGCAUACCGGCUGACGAUAUGAUCGGAUUGUACCAAAAACACUUUUGUCCAAAAAUGACAGAAGCCGGUUUCAGGAAGGAACAUUAUUAUCGUUUCCGUCAUUUUUACGGCUUGGAGGGGUCGCGGAUUCAAUACGAGAAUGACGAGUGCAUCAACAUCGCUGAAGGAUCGAAUAUUGGACCGAACGAUUGUCACGGCUGCUUUUUCGCGAACCGCGAUAUCGAAGAUCUCGCGAAAAAUCUCGAGAAGUGGAAAAUUAGUCACGCUCAUACAGAAAAUAUAAAGGCAUUCACACAAACCAAAGAGUACGGAAAAGCCUGUGCCGAAUAUUUUCACGCCGUUCUCGAAUAUCCAGUUAUUUAUCCUAUCGAAAAACCGGAUCAUUUCGUCAUUCAAAGCAGAUUAGUGCGUGAAAAAGCAAAGAAUGAGGAUCCAUUCUUCGAGCCUAACGACAGUGAUGAUAUGAUGGAUUAA